ACAGCUGUUUAUAUUCACAUCUGGAUUUUACAUGAUGCGAAUUCACACACGCGUGUUUAGAUCGGGAUUUAGCGCGACAGCGCCUGCGCACAGUGUGGAGAGAGAAACGCGCUGAGAGCUUUUGUUUACCGGGGGGUCACACACACACACACACACACACACACACACACACACACACACACACACACCCACCAUCAUCAUCAUCAUGUCUUCAUCAGAACUGGAUUAUAUCCCACCAUGGUGGAUUUACUGGCUUCAUCAGUUCCCUCACAUCAACCUCAGACUGCAGCACAUCAACAACACCUUCAGCCCUCAGGAGGAAAACUACCAGCAGUCUCUGUUCUUCCUGGUGAGUGUAUCCUCCGCGGCGUUGGGACUGAACCUCCUGGCUCUGGCGGUGUAUCUGAGUUUCCUGUGCUGCUGUCGGAAGAAGGCCGCCGUCGACGAGGAGGAGACGAAGAAAUCGAAUUCGCAUUGCGUUACCUGGACCGCCGUCACCGCCGGACUCCUCAACUGCAUCGCGGUUGGAGUCGGUUUCUACGGCAACAGUGAGACCAACGAUGGGGUGUACCAGCUGACCUAUUCCCUGUACAACACCAACCACACUCUGGCAGGAGUGGAGGACCUGGUCUCGUCUUCGUUGGGUGGAAUGCAGAGCGGAAUGAAGGAGCAUCUCUCACGCCUGGAUGAAAUAUUUGCAGUUCGGAGUGAUUUCAUCCAGAUGUUGAAGUUCAUGCAGCAGAUGAUGGAGAGUGUGACCAAGCAGCUGCUGGGCCUGCCGGAUUGGAAGGAGGCUAAUGUCGACCUGACCUCCGUCGCUGAUCAGACGGCGUCAGUCGAGUAUUACAGGUGGUUGACGUAUCUGCUGAUCCUGAUCCUGGAUCUGCUCAUCUGUCUGCUGGCGUGUCUGGGUCUCGCCAGGAAAUCACGCUGCCUCCUCACAACGAUGAUGGUGUUCAGUAUGCUAACUCUGAUGGUCAGCUGGGCGUCUCUGGGAGCAGAUGUGGCCACAUCUGUGGGUGUUAGUGAUUUCUGUGUAUCUCCAGAUAAGUUCAUUAUGAACCAGACAAAAGACUCCAUCAGCUCAGAUAUCGUCCAUUAUUAUUUGUACUGCAGUCAGACGAUUCCGAAUCCCUUCCAGCAGACUCUGAACAUCUUCCAAAGAUCUCUGACCACCAUGCAGCUCCAGGUUCAGGUUUUACAGAAGUUUGCUGUUCCUCUCUUCCCUACUGCAGAGAGAGAUCUCCUGGGUCUCCAGCUCAUGUUCAAUAGUUCUGAAUCAAAGUUGCAUCAGAUCACUGCCCUGCUCGACUGCAGAGGAAUCAACAAGGACUAUGUGGACGCUCUGAUGGGGGUGUGUUAUGAUGGGGUGGAGGGGUUGCUGUACCUCGGUCUCUUUUCUCUACUGUCCAUCACUGCCUUCUGCAUCAUGAUGUGUGUGAUACCACGAGCCUUGAGGGACAUCAACAACCGGGAUUAUGGGGAUUUCGAGGACUCCGACCCGUUCGGUUCUCGGGCACAGAAUGAGAACUUACACACAUUCUGUAGCAGCAGCCAGAACAGCCUUCAUACACCACCGGCCCCACCUACCUCCAACAGGAAUCAGUCCACGGUGUUUGGAGGAAACCCACGUUUUGAGGACGCUCCUCUUAUAAACAGAGGAUCUCCUCCUCCUUCGUAUUCUCCCACUAUGCGAGCGAACUACCUCUCCGUGACCGAAGACCAGAUGAGACAUUUUGGCGACGAUUUUAGGACCUGAACAACACACACGCUCACCCACACUAAACACACACACACACACCCACACUAAACACACACACACACACACACUCACCCACACUAAACACACACACACUCACACACACUCACACAGACUCAGGACUUCAUUUUUUUUUUCCACGACUACUGAUACUGACAUGUUUUAACUUUAUACAGGUAUUAAUGUAAGUAAAUAAUUGAUUAAGGUGCUACAUGUGAUUUUAUUAAUGUUUAUACUGUAUAUGGUUAGCCAUAAUGAUAAUAACUCGACACGAUCAGAUCAGAGUUAAUACUGCAUCUCUAACAGUGUGUGUUAUGGGAAGGAGACUGUGAGGGUUCAGAUUUAAUAAUAAUGAUAAUAAUAAUAAUUUUCUUUCAAACACACACACACACACACACAGUUAUUUAGAUUAAGGGCCAGAAAACAAAAUGUAUCCUGGAUGAGGGGCCACAAAUUUGCUUUGGAUAAAAGCAUCUCUGUACACUGAAGAGCCAAAACAUGGACGUGCCAAGGUCUGUUUUUAGCAGUUGUUCAUGUGAAGGUGCUGUAAAAAGUAUUUGCCCCUUUCAGAAAUUCUAUUUAGCACAUAUUCUGCCACACGUCUAUGUUUAUCAGACUAUUUUAAUAUCAGAAAAGAGCCCAAAUAAACACAAUAUGUUUUCAUUUAUUGAAGAAAAAUGCUGUUCAGGCCUACCUGCUCCUCUGUGAAAAUGUCAUUCCCUCUUUAGCUGCUAAACUGGGACUCCAGUGAAGCACAGUGAGAGCCAUUAUCCAUAAAUGAAAAGAAAUCACCAAGAACAUGUUAACCAGUCAUCCAGGAGGUCACAAAACAACCCAGAUUAACAUUUAAAGAACUCCAGGACUCACCUCAGUUACGGUCAAUGAUCACGAUUCCACAAUAAAUAAGUCACUGGGCAAGAAUGGCAUCCAUAGGUGCAAAUCACUGCUAAAAUAGAAUAAAUUGGGAUGGAGGCAAACACUUUUUCGCAGCACUGUGUGUUAAAUAUUGGGCAUUUACAUGUAACAUAUCCAGGAUCUGAACUUGCAACCUUCUGAUCAGCUUAAAAUAUCAACAUUGGUGGUUUAGUGCAGCCAGGAUUAAAACAUACAACUUCUGAUUAGUUUACAAGCCAUACAGGAUUUGUACUUACAACCUUCUGGUCAAAAAAAGUUGCUCAUCCAAGGGAGUUCAAGUUCCUCACAACUGUUGUGUGUGGAAGAACAUUUAACACUUGGUGUAUUAAGAAGUGUGGGUGCUGCACAGCAACAUGAAAUACUGUGUACUGGUAUAGGGUAUAGGGUAUAGGGUAUUGGUAGCUUAGUGGUUAAGGUACUGGACUAGUAAUCAGAAGGUCGCUGGUUCAAGCCCCACCACUGCCACGUUGCUACUGUUGGGCCCCUGAGCAAAUCGUGACAUAAUUGUAAGUCGCAUUGGAUAAAAAAGCGUCUGCUAAAUGCCGUAAAUGUACUGGGACCAUGAGCUCCAUUCUUGUUCCAGUCACUUCUUUUCCCCUCUCACAAGAAGCCACUAGAUGGCAACAUUAUUCAUCAUUUAUUGCCCUUUAUAGCUUCACUACUGCAGUGCUUAUACUGAAAUGCAGCUAAUUCUUGUUGUUUUACCUUCUGAACUGCAUUCUGACUUAUGUUAGAAUGAAGUAAAUCAUGUUAGCAUUAGCUUAACCCAGUUAUACCUGCUGACAAGCACAGUGUGUCAUUAAACGUCACUUUUAAUCACUUAUACAAACGUUCACCAACAAUCCCAAAACAUUUGAAUGUAGCUACAAUUUUUUUCUACUGAUUAAAUGUAUUUUAAUGUUGGUAUUUUAUUAACGUUACUAGAAUUUGUAAAUAACUUGUAUUAUAACAAACACAUGGUUGUUUUUAGUGUGCGUUUUUUAUCCUCAAGCUAAUCAAGCUGUGUUUAGCAUUACACCAAAUCUGUUGUAAAUGCUAAAUUGCUAAAAUGCUAAAAUACAAUUACUGAGGUAUAUUUGUGUACUAAAGGUUGCUUUACCCACUUGUGUUAACUUUGUUAACAAGAAUAAAUGUGACUGACUUCACCUUGCAAUAUUACUAGCCACUUGACUGAUAUGGGAAUCUAAUGGAAACAAGUCAGCGCAGUUAGCAUAAUGUUAACACACGUUCGUUAACUUGGAUUCAGCAGUAUAAUGUGUCGUUUUGUUUGUUUAUUUAUUAGGAUUUUAAUGUCAUGUCACUCAUUACACAAAGUUCAUCAGUUCACAAGGUUGUAUCGAACCCAGUCUUGGACAAUUUUGUAUCUCCAAUUCACCUCACUUCCACGUCUUUGGACUGUGGGAGGAAACCCACGCGGACACGGGGAGAACAUGCAAACUCCACACAGAAAGGACCCGGACUGCCCCACUUGGGGAUCGAACCCAGGACCUUCCUGCUGUGAGGCGACAGUGCUACCCACUUAGCCACCGUGCUGCCCCGUCUUUUUUUUGUAAUUAAGUGAUUUUUUAAACUCCGUUCAUGGGGGAUCCCAGCAAACAUGUCACCAUUAGCCCGUCACAUUUCAGUACAGUGCUUAUAUGGGUACUAAAUGAGUUAGCCCAUACUAUUUUAGGCAGUUCUUGCAUAUGAAAGCACAUUAGGCUCAGUGGGACAUUUGUCAAUAACAAAAUAUUAAUGGGCCUCUUGGUUCAAGCCGAUUAUACCAAACCGGUCCAGCCCAAACUUGUUUGUAUGGAGACUUUAACUAUUCUUGCUCUCCUUUAUUAUCAAAAGUGGCUACAUCUAUCAGCACUCCCUUACUAGCAUGAUGCUAAAUUACUUUGUUAGAUGUACUUUGUUAUUAGCAACCAGUUUGUGUUGACUGGAAUUCCACUGAAUUUGCUGUUUAUUAUUUGACAUGACUAUAUCAGCUAGUGAUUCAUGAUCAUUUCCUCACUAGCAUGAUGCUAAACGACUGUUUCUAGCUUUAAUUUAUUGUUAACAAUGUCAGAAUUGUGUUUUUUAAGUAAAGUAUUCCUUUAAUGCACUAUUUGUCUUCCAGGGGGGUUGUUUUGCUCCUGUCGAGGAAACGUUUGCGAUCAGGUCACUGUAUAUUACUGCCAUUGUGUGUUUUUAAUUGUGGUUUUUAAUACUUUUUGGUUGCAUGUGUGUGUACGUUUCUAAUAAACUGUCGGAAGCACAAUUUUA